UUGACAAUUCAAAUUUUUUGCAAAAUAAAUUGUUUUGACAGUUAGUAUAAUUAACGUCGCCUAAAGCAGGUCUAGUCAUUUAAAAAGUAUAAAAUAAAUGUAUUUUGAGUUAUUUGUGAAAAAGAAGAAGAAGAAAAAAGUUUUUUUCUAGAAAGGAAUAGAAAAAAUAAGAAAAAUAUUCUGCUUGAUGAAAUAACACUGUAUAUAUUACACAUAUAUGAUAUACAAUUCAUACAAUUUAAUAACGCUUUACAAUUUUGUAUCCUUACAAUAAUUAACUAUACUUGUUUUAAAAGAAUUUAACUUAAUUUUCACAUACGAAAACUAAAUUUCGAUGAAAGGAAUUGAAUGAAAGUAAAUACUGUAUUUUGAAAGACGAAAAUGUUUAUCAGCAUCAAGGACAAGAGAUGAAUCAGUGUUUUGAAUAGCUGUGAUAUAACUAGAACAAGAAAAUCAUUUGCAAAAAAAAAUGGAUUCUGUGGAAUUUUAUGAUGAAGAGGAUUAUAUUGAUCAAUGUCAGGAUCAUUUGGAACAAGACAUUGAUCAAGAAUAUGAAUUUGAAUACGAGCAAGAAACUCUAACAGAAUUGUAUGACCUUUGUUUGAAACCGACAUUUAUCCAGACUGUAGAACAUUUUAUUCCUCUUUUAGCCGUUUCCGUUUUAUAUAAAAUUAUUUCUCAAUCUUCUUUCAUUCCAAAUAGAAUGAAACACGGUGCCUCGAUCGUAAUUGGUCUUCUAAUUCUUCGUCAUUACGUUCCUGAAAGUUUACAUUUAUUGUCAAUAUUCGUCGUGAUUUCCAAUAUUUAUUUAUAUUUACCAAAAAAGUAUCGACAUGGAUUUGGAGUCUUUAUACCAAGUAUUAUUAUCAUUUUAUAUUGUGAAUUAUACUUGGAUCCGGUUUCAUGGCACAAAAUUCGUAGCGUCUUGAUGAUCGCUGUGAUGAAAGAAAUUAGUGUAGCUAUCGAUCAAAAUGAAAAGAAUGAGAGACCAAGUUUUUUGGAAUAUAUCGGUUAUCUAUUUUGUCCAAUUACGUCUAUAUUCGGCCCCUGGACAUCUUUUAAGGAUUAUGCAGAAUUUGACAGACAACAAUCUUGGAAUUUGAGAUGGAUACUAAAAAGUGUGGGAUAUUUUAUUCUAAGUCUUGUUUUUCUAAACAUGUCAAAUUGUGGAUGUAGUUGGAUUAUUUCCGAUAAUUCUGGCAAAUGGCUUCUCGCUUAUAGAGACGCAUUAUCGUUCAGAAUGUCUCAUUAUUUCAUCUCCAGUUUAUCGUCUUCAUUUCUACUCCUAGGAGGAUUUUCGGAAAAUUUAAUUUCAAUUACAAAACCAGUGGAAAUUGAAUUUCCCAGAUCACUCGUACAAGUUGUUAUUUCAUGGAAUAUUCCAAUGCACACCUGGCUGAAAAUUUACAUAUUUCGACCAGGAAGAAGGGAAUUCGGUAAAUUUGGAGGAAUUCUCUUGACGUAUCUCGCAAGUUCCCUGCUGCAUGGUUUAAACUUUCAACUAGCAGCCGUUUUAUUGAGUUUAGGUUUCUACACUUAUAUUGAAUUUCAAUUGAGAGCUGUUCUCUCGACGACAUUAAGUGCUUGCAUAUCGUCGAAAAAGUGCCCUAAAAAUCAAUGUCAACACGAGAAGAACUCGUCCAAUUGUUGGUGGGUAACUGGAGUGAAUAUUGGAUUCUCAACAUUAGCAAUGUUUCAUUUGGCCUAUUUGGGUCUCAUGUUCGACACGUCGGAAACACAGGAAACCGGUUACAGUUAUUUACAUACUCUUGAAAAAUGGUCUAAACUCGGAUAUUCCAGCCACUGGAUUGCAUUCGCUACUUAUUGCGCCUACUUCUUAAUCAGGUAAAAUUGACACGACAGUAUUUAAUAUUUUUAUUUUAACGAAAGCAAAUCUGUGAUUCUCUCUAUUAAAAAGACAAUUUUUCCAAACAAACUUUUUGUACUUUUAUAACAAUAUACUGACAAUAACAUUA